GAGAGAAACGUUUGUGAUUCAGCCUGGUUUAGAGGAGCCUUAAUUCUAACCUCCUUGUCUACUACAAACAAAUUAAUUCUAUAACGCUCCAUACUGCGCCCAGCUUUUCUUUACGCAGCAUCGCCAUCGGAAUAGAAAGACUUAGCGGGUGCAACAAAUGUCAGUGUUCCGUUACUGACUAUGCUUGAAGUAAUAUUUUGAGUCUUUCUGUUAUGUGUAGUUAUUGUAUGGAAAUUAUCUGCUGACUAAGCUGAACAAAUAUGCGAGGUCAUUUUCGGUAUUCUCAAUGGGAUCCCUUUCUCAUAAUUAGCCAAAUAAUAACAAUUCAAGCGAUUUUUUAUGUCUCCCUCGGAGUGUGGAUAUUUUUUACUGAUGUCAUUUCGGGUUACAGUCAGUCAUUAGACCAGAUUUUUCUACAUAAAGAAAUUAGUGUUAAAGAUUUACAUGGUCGUUGUCUUGCUGGAUCAUUUUUACUAAAUUCUUUAUGCGGGUCACUUGCUUUAUGGUAUUUUGUUCAAAGAACAAAGCUGUGCCUAGAUUUUACUGUAACUGCUCACUUAAUUCAUCUCAUCUUUUGUUGGUGGUAUAGUUCAUCAUUUCCCACCACAUUUUCUUGGUGGCUUUUGAAUAUUAUGUGUGUUACUGUCAUGUGCGUGUGUGGGGAAUUCCUUUGUAUGCGAUCUGAAAUGAAAGCUAUACCCUUAAGCAUGGGAGCAAAGGCUGACCUGUAGCACUGAAACUAAAUUUAAAGCCUAUAGCUUCUGUAAAACUUUAUUUUGAAAUAUGGUGCAAACUGAAACUUUUUUUGCAUAGAUUAAAAUGAAACCUUUUACUUUUGAUGUAUAGCCAAAUAGCAUAACUAUUUAUAUGCAUGUAUAAAUUUAUUUUAAAGCAGUUUGUUUUUAAAAAUGAUUGGCAGUCUGUUAAGUUAUUCAGAUUCGGUUUAGCUCUAUAAAGUCAAUUUUAAAUAUUGUAAAUAGUUAAUAAAUAUUAUUUUUAUGUGGAAAUGUGUAAUUUUGUUAUUAACCAAUAAAAUAAAAGUUAUUUUUGAUUUUCA